UCUCUCUCUCUCUCUCUCUCUCUGUCUCUCUCUCUCUCUCUCUCUCUCUGUCUCUCUCUGUGUCUCUCUCUCUCUCUCUCUGUGUAUACAUGAGAGUAAAUAAAGUUAGUGAAAGGGUUAGAGACACAGUAGGCUUCAACGGAAUAAAUAAUCGAAGAUGUCGCGCACAAUAGUGGACGAAAGGUUUUCCUCGCUUCGCAUGACGUCAUGCCGUCAGAGCAGAAAGGGCAGGGCGGCAGACAGAGAGCGAGGGGGAGGAGAGACCGCGCAGGCGCAGGUCGGCAUUAAAAACUAACAGCAGCGCUCACUGAGGGAGAGGAAGAGAGAGCCGGUUGGAACGGAUUAAAGGCGUCGCGUUUCAGUGUCACAUCCAACAUCAUCAGCACCACAAAACCCGGACCGCUGGGAAAGAGCAUUUUAAUUAACAGACCCGCUUAGAAAUUCACCCCCCCCCACUUAAACAUGUCUGUGGGUAGUGACUUUGGGAACCCUUUAAGAAAAUUCAAACUGGUCUUUCUGGGGGAGCAAAGUGUUGGGAAGACAUCUCUGAUCACGAGGUUCAUGUAUGACAGCUUUGACAACACAUAUCAGGCCACAAUUGGAAUAGACUUCCUGUCAAAAACGAUGUACUUGGAGGACCGAACGGUGAGGUUGCAGCUGUGGGACACGGCUGGACAGGAGCGCUUCAGGAGCCUCAUUCCCUCCUACAUACGAGACUCUACUGUGGCCGUGGUGGUUUAUGAUAUUACAAAUGUGAACUCCUUCCAGCAAACGUCCAAAUGGAUCGACGACGUCAGAACAGAGAGAGGAAGUGAUGUCAUUAUCAUGCUAGUCGGCAACAAAACAGACUUGGGAGACAAGAGGCAGAUCACCAUAGAGGAAGGAGAACAGCGGGCCAAGGAGCUCAGCGUCAUGUUUAUUGAGACCAGCGCCAAGACAGGCUACAACGUCAAACAGCUGUUUCGGCGUGUGGCGUCUGCCCUUCCCGGGAUGGAGAGCAUGCAGGAGACGAGCAAGGAGGGAAUGAUUGACAUCAAGAUGGACAAACCGCAGGAGCCUCCGACCACUGAAGGCGGGUGCUCCUGUUGAUCCUGAUUGGAAGUGUUCAUCUCCACCACUUGCUUGUGUUACUUCCUAUUGGUUAGCCUCCACUUCAGUUGGAGACUAUCGUUAUACACGUAAAACACUGUACUUUAUUAACAAAUAAGGCCAAAAUAAAAGUCUUUAAAAUUAUUACAAUGAUCAUAAUCAUCAACAAAAAAUAUCCCUUAACCACAUAAAACAUGUAAUAUACUUGUUUUUGUAAAAGUAGAAUGGAACGUUUUCUUUUUUUUCCUUUUUGUAUUUUUGUAAUGUUAAAGAAAUAAAAAAAGACACAGACAA